AAUAAACACAAGCAAUGACCCUUCGACAAGCAGCUGUUCGUCGAGUGCAUUGCCUUGUUCGCGAACGAUGGUAUCUGCUCAUUCAAGUUGAGACGUGGUGCGAAGGCUGUUUACAAAACAAGACGACUAGGGCCUAGGCAACAGAAAACGGGACUUAGUUUACUCCGUGGCGAGCGUAUUAUCUUUCAUAAGCUGUUAUUCGCUUUAGCGUGUAUUCAACUCUCCAUGGUUUUGCGGACGAGGUAGCUAGUCCAUAUACAUGUUCCAAUCACACAGACCGAUGAGUCGUUAGGGAGAGUAGACCAAAACCAAAAGGCUUUUUCCAAGGGCACACCCUGUUACCAUGGUCACUCUCAUCACGGAGAAACUUCAGAACCAAUCUUUAGAAGAUGUUAACAUUCCAGAUUAUACUCACAUUGCCUAUCAUACCCGCAGUAGGACCAAAGCUUGUCAACUGAGCCAUAAGCAAGUCAACUCCUCAGUAGAUUCUAGGAUAUACACAAGUAAUUUCCGAAGCACAAACAGUAAGAGCUCCACAUAUAGUUCAGACAUGCCGUCAGCUGAACCCAUGCACGCAGUCAGUGCGCCGUGCCAAAUUCCAAGUAAACAAAACGAGGUUGCACGAAACAAUUCCAUAAAUUCACAGGCACAGACUCCUACAGCGGCACCUCCAAAGAAACGUCACUGUAGGUCGCUAUCGGCAGGAGAAUUAACAGAACAGAGAGCACAGACUUGGAAGCCACGUGCAUCUAAAGUUUGGCGUCCAGUAACAAAAUCAAAGUUAGAUACAUACCAAGGACACAUCCCUAUGCACAAUUUCAACACAUUAGCUGGCCUACCAAACAAUUAUACACCAAUUAGUACGUUUUCAGAAUUAGAUAAUGAAUUUUCAACACCUCCAGAGUCACCGGUUCCACGCCCUGCUUCGGCGACCUCUUGGGACGAUUCUCUGAAUAUGCCUUGGUUAGAUGCCAAUUCUCUACAUCAUCAGAUAGGACAAAAAUCUUGGUAUUGUUCAGUUGAUAAGGUUUCGGAGAGUUCGGGAUCUGUGGUCUCAGUAACGAGCGUUUCUUCAACGCCAGAACUAGAGAGGAAGGGAGUCGGUAUGUUGCGCUGCCGAUCACAGCCUUGCGUAUCGGGAAGGAGAGGCGGAAAGAAAAGGCGAAGGGAAGAGGAUACAAGACCUAAGUUGGAUUUCUUCAAAAUGGAAGAG